AUGGAGACGGUAAUGGAAGAUGAAGAGUACACUUAUAGAGAUGUGUUCUUGCCGACAUUGAUCCCUAGAAUUCCAGCACCGGGUUUAGAGAGAGGGACGGUGGAGAGAAGGAGAGGGAGAGAUAUAGUGAUAGCCAUUGAUCAUGGUCCUAAUAGCAAACAUGCCUUUGAUUGGGCUCUUAUUCAUCUUGUUAGGCUUGCUGAUACACUCUAUCUCGUUCAUGCUGUUUCCAGUGUUAGAAGUGAGAUUAUUUAUGAAGCCAGUCAAGCACUUAUGGAGAAGCUCAGUGUGGAGGCUUUUCAGAUUGCCAUGGUAAAGACGAUGGCUCGAAUCGUGUCGGGGGAUGCAGGCAAAGUGAUUUGCAAGGAAGCAGAAAGGGUGAAGCCUGCAGCUGUUGUUAUGGGAACUCGUGGUAGAAGCUUAAUACAAAGUGUUUUUCAAGGAAGUGUUAGUGAUUAUUGCGUCCACAAUUGCAAAUUUGCUCCUGUAAUAAUCGUACCCGGGAAAGGUGCCAGUGGUUGGAGAGCUUUUGAGCUGUUUGAACUGUCACCGUUUUAUGGCCAAGUGGGGACUUGA